AUGAUUGUAAACGAAUCGAAGGCCGCGUCCUUGAUUCCUAGAACGCUCGGCGACUCAACGUACGCGUUGCGGGCAUCUCCAACCAUUUCUAGGACAAGAGCUAUUUUUAAGGCAGCCGGUUCCAUUGUUGCCCUUCCACUUAUGGUGCCAAUGAGUUUGAUCUGGUCAGCUGCCAUGGCGACACCUUUGCGUGAUCAUCUCAUGGGAAUCGUCAUCCCACGUGUCAUGACAAUGGUUGACAAAGAAUUUCACGACGAACGGGCGACACUAUUAGCCGACGUUUCAGGCAAGGUGCUAGAUGUUGGUAGUGGCGGCGGAGCGUAUUUGAAGUACUGUCGAAAUGCUGAUGAAGUUAUUGCUGUGGAACCGAUCCUUGAUCUUCAUCCAAAAAUACAAAAAUCAGGCCAAGAUGUGAAAAAAUUAACCAUUGUCUCUCAAUUGGAGGAUAUACACGACGACGAGUUGUUUGAUUGGGUGAUUUUUGGUAAUGUCUUGUGUGAAGUUCCGGACGUUCCAAAUACCGUACGAGAGGUUGAUCGAGUUCUGAAACCAGGAGGACGGGUUUACUUUUCCGAACACAUUGCUCGACCUCAGGGAGACUGGCGACGAACAUGUCAAGACAUGGUGAAUCCUGUGUGGCGGCAUAUGGGUGGGGGUUGUAACUGCAAUCGCGAUAGUCUCAAGAUAUUGGAAUCUCAACCUGGCUGGGCAGUGGUGUCUUGGAAGUAUGAACACAUCCAGGUAGGAAUGGGACCCUUCGUUCUUGGAUUAGCGAUGAAAUCUCCCCCAAAUCACACUCCAGAGUUGGAGUCAAGAAGUCAACAAAAUACAGUAAGCUAGUACGACUCUGAAUAU